AUGGCCAAAGCCUAUGAGUUCAACUGGCAGAAACACAUUCCAGAAUUUAUGCAAGAGGGGGCUUUCUUCGACAGGUUUGAUGAGGACCCCUUUGUCUUUGAUGCAAACUGUCUCGUCAGACUGGAUGAGUUUGGCUUCUUCUUGACAUGGAAAAGUGAAGGAAAGGAGGGCCAAGUUUUAGAGACUUCACUCAUCAGUUAUGUCCGCAGUGCUGUUCUGCCCAAGGAUCCCAAGCUGCUGUUGAGCCUGGAGGCCCUGGGGCAGGCGGAGAGCGACCUGGAGAGCCGAGUCCUCUGCAUCAGCAGUGGCACCGACCUGGUCAACCUCAGCUUCAUGUACCUGCUGGCAGACAGCAGCGACACUGCAAAGCAAUGGGUGGAGGGAUUGAGGUCACUGAUUCACAACUUCCGAGCGAACAACGUGUGUCCGAUGACCUGCCUGAAGAAACAUUGGAUGAAGUUGUCGUUUUUGACUAAUGUGAACGGCAAAAUACCUGUCAGAAGCAUAACCAGGACCUUUGCCUCUGGCAAAACGGAAAAGGGAAUCUUCCAAGCCCUGAAAGACCUGGGCCUUCCCAGCGGAAAGAAUGAUGAAAUUGAACAUGCUGCGUUUACCUUUGACCGAUUUUAUGCCCUGACCCAGAAGAUCUGCCCCCGGACUGACAUUGAGGAGCUGUUCAGGAAACUUGGAGGCAAAAGGGAUUAUUUAGGCAUAGACCAGUUAGUCAGCUUUCUGAAUGAAAACCAACGGGAUCCUCGUCUGAAUGAGAUCCUGUUCCCGUUCUACGACUCUAAACGAGCCCUGCAGAUCAUAAGCGCAUACGAGCAGGAUGCUGAGCUUAGGAGAAAAGGUCUGAUUUCGAGUGAUGGGUUCUGCCGGUACCUGAUGUCAGACGAGAAUGCGCCUGUCUUCCUGGACCGGCUGGAACUCUACCAGGACAUGGACCAGCCUCUAGCCCACUACUUCAUCAGCUCCUCCCAUAACACGUACCUGAUUGGCCGACAGUUUGGAGGGAAGUCCUCGGUGGAGAUAUACCGACAGGUGCUCCUGUCUGGAUGCAGGUGUGUGGAGCUGGAUUGCUGGGAUGGAAAAGGAGAAGAUCAGGAGCCUAUUAUAACCCAUGGGAAGGCCAUGUGCACUGAUAUCCUCUUCAAGGAUGUAAUUCAAGCAAUUAAAGAAACAGCUUUUGCGUCUUCUGAGUACCCUGUGAUUCUGUCAUUCGAAAACCAUUGCACGAAGCAACAGCAGUAUAAGAUGGCCCGGUACUGCGAGGAGAUCUUUGGAGACCUGUUACUCAAACAACCGCUGGAGGGAUUUCCGCUAGAAGCAGGACGUCCUUUGCCAUCCCCUGGUGAUCUGAAAAGGAAAAUCCUCAUCAAAAACAAACGAUUAAAACCUGAAGUGGAACAGAGGCAGCUGGAGGACUUCAAAAAGCACAUGGAAGGAGGGGGAGCCAGUUCCCCCAUGAACCUCCUAGAGGACGAGAACGAGGAGGAGAGUGAGAACGUGGAAGAGGAGGCCCACCCUGAGCUGAAGUUCGGCAGUGCUGUGCCCUCCAGAGACCUGAGCCAGAAAUACUCACAUCGCAAAGUCGGAAAGGAUACUGAAGAUGAUAUUUCAGACCCAACAGAUAUGACUGAUGUGUCUGAGGCCUCUGACCUGGACAACAGCAAGAAGGGGGAUGAGAGUCCUGAGGAUGAGGAGCAGGCUCUGAUCGCCUCCUACAAGUAUGUGGGGGCCACCACCAACAUCCACCCGUACCUCUCAGCCAUGAUUAACUACGCCCAGCCUGUCAAGUUCCAGGGCUUUGAUGUGGCUGAAGAAAGGAAUAUCCACCACAACAUGUCAUCAUUCAACGAAUCAGUUGGACUUGGAUAUUUGAAGACAAAUGCCAUUGAGUUUGUGAACUAUAACAAGCGACAGAUGAGUCGGAUCUAUCCCAAAGGCGGCCGUGUUGACUCCAGUAAUUACAUGCCUCAGAUCUUCUGGAAUGCCGGUUGCCAGAUGGUGGCUCUGAACUUCCAAACCCCAGAUUUAGCCAUGCAGCUAAACCAGGGAAAGUUUGAGUACAAUGGCUCAUGUGGGUACCUACUGAAGCCAGAUUUUAUGCGUCGCCCAGACAGAAUGUUUGACCCUUUCUCUGAAACGCCCGUAGAUGGAGUCAUAGCUGCUACUUGCAGCAUACAGGUGUUGUCAGGGCAGUUUUUGUCAGAUAAGAAGAUUGGAACGUACGUGGAGGUCGACAUGUAUGGGUUGCCCACGGACACCAUCCGCAAAGAGUUCCGCACGAGGAUGGUCAUGAACAAUGGGCUGAAUCCUGUUUACAACGAGGAGCCCUUUGUCUUCAGGAAGGUCAUCCUGCCAGACCUGGCGGUGCUCAGGAUUGCCGUCUACGAUGAUAACAACAAGCUGAUUGGCCAGCGGAUCCUCCCUUUGGAUGGCCUCCAGGCAGGAUACAGACACAUCUCUCUGAGGAAUGAGGGCAACAAGCCACUAUCCCUGCCCACUGUCUUCUGUAACAUUGUGCUGAAAACCUAUGUGCCAGAUGGCUUUGGUGCCAUUGUAGACGCAUUGUCUGAUCCCAAGAAGUUCCUGUCCAUCUCUGAGAAGAGGGCUGACCAGAUGAGGGCCAUGGGCAUAGAGACAAGUGACAUUGCAGACGUGCCCAACGGCAGCUUACAGACGGAGAAGAGAGGAAAGGGCAGCAUGGUGAAGAAGAGUGUGACCCCACAGAGCAGCUGCGAGCUGCAGCAGGUCUCUAUGUGGGGACAGACCAAUGCCAACGAUGCCACAAAGGGUCCAACGAUGUUGAUGGCCCAGGUCAGUGUAGAUGACCUGAAACAGAUGAAGACAUACCUUAAACUCCUGAAGAAGCAACAGAAAGACCUUCAUGCUUUAAAGAGAAAACAUGCAAAGGAGCACAGCACCAUGCAGAAAACUCACUGCAUUGAGGUGGACAAGAUAGUGGCUCAACACGACAAAGAAAAACUUGGCCUCGAAAAGCUGCUGGAGAAGACCAUCAGGAAAAAGGGAGAAAAUGACUGCCUUCAAGUGAAGAAGGAAAUUGAAAUUAAAAUUCAGACAGUCACUGCUGAUCACAAAGCAAAGGUGAGGGCCUUGGUGUCGCUGCAUUCGCAGCAGUGGUCCGAGAUGUUGGCGUGUCAAAAUGCGGAGGAGCAGGACUUGAGGCACCAGCAUGUCCUGCAGCAAUGGGACGUUCUGAAGUCGCUGCUGGUCAGCGUUCACGAGCAGCAGAUUCAGCACCUCAAGCUCACUCACGACAGACAGAGCAAAGAGAUGCAUGCCAACCAGGCCAAGAUCUCCAUGGAGAACAGCAAAGCCAUCAGCCAGGACAAGAGCAUCAGAAACAAAGCUGAGAGAGACAGGAGAGUUCGUGAAUUAAACAGCUCAAACACUAAGAAGUUCCUGGAAGAGAGGAAAAGGCUAGCCAUGAAGCAGGCGAAGGAGAUGGAGCAGCUGGAGAAGACUCAGCAUGAGGAGCUGGAGGAGCUGGAGAAACUGAAAGGGCAGUUUUUGAAAACGCAUCAUGUGAAGUCUCAAUGCCAAGGCCAGGGAGAUGCAGCAGAUGUUGAAGCUGGAAGCCAAGAUGGCACACAGACCAGCCACAAUGUGAGGAGUCAGCAGACAUCCUGAGACUGCCAGGCACAUACACACACAUUUAUGUUUUUACUUUUCUCUUAAUUAGAUUGGGGAACCAUAAUUACAGUACAGGAGUGUCAGUUCCACUGAGAGAGAUUUUGGUGAGUUUUUCAAGAGAGUGUCUGAUGGACA